AUGUCCUUUCAAUACGAAGCUCAAGGAUGGCAACAACCCGGCCGGCAGCCGUCGUGGGAGCAGCCGCCUCCCCCAUCAAGAUCAGGCGCGAGUUCUACAUCUCAGCGCGAGGAUGGCAUCGCCUUCGCCACCCAAUUUGAAGAGGUGGAUCGAGCCAUGGACAACCUCGUCAAGAGUGGUAAAUUUUAUGCUGGCGGACCACGUCCGACGGGGGCCAUGCGCCCCGGCGCAGAAUAUGGGCCCAGAGGGCAUGGUGGCCGUCAUGGAGGCGACUUUGACCCUUCACGAUCCCAUCCAGCCGCCAAUCUGCAGAACUUCUAUGCCUCCCAGAGGCAUGGGCGGCAAGGGGAUGCCGAUCAGAUGAUGCAGGCCAAAAGGAGGAUGGCAGCCCAGCGCGAACGAGAACUUCGCAAUUACCAUCAAGAACAGCAGUAUAACCGAAGUGUACUGGCGGAUAUGUCAUCCAACAAGUCUGAUCGUUCCAUGAGUCCCAGCACUCUCAGCGAGGAAGGUCGCCGUGACCUGAUUGCUCGUCAACACCGCGCCUUGUACGGCGGCGACCCAGCAGCCUUCGUGGGACAAGUGCCAUUUUCUCAGGAGGAUAUCAAUCGAGACCAGGGUGGGCCGGUGCCCAGCGGCGUGGCAGGGGCUCCUCGCGGCCCUUCUCCUCGAGGCGCUGAUCCAUUCAUCUCCCAAGGUGAAGCUAACGGAGCUUCUGGCCAAGAAGCUUCCCUGGGCGACAAAGUGACCUCGCCAUCCGCUCAAGCACCAGGAUUCGGUACCUUCGACGGUGCAGCGGCUGGAAAGGCGUCGACGCCCCCAACAGGAGAAGAAUCGGCCCAUUCCCGACAGAUCUCUAAAUCAACGACGGCGCCUAUCAGUGGCGGCAUGGGCCCCAUCGGCAGCCGUCCCAAUGCCCAGCAGGCUCCAAAUCAAUCGAUCAACAAGCGGACAACGUCGCCUCUCCCUUCUUCGCUCGGGUACGGCUUUGGCCCAAACGAUCAGAGCGCUGAUCGAGCGGGGUCAGCGAACUCGAACGUCAACAAUCAGAAGGAAUCCGCGAACAAUGGCAUGGGCACUUGGCGCACUGGGAAUGCUGUUUGGGGUUCCACCAAAAUUGGCACAACCUCGGUCUGGGGUUGA